CAGCCGAGGACGUUACUUUGUUACCACGGAGCUACCGGAGAGAAAACGGCGAAGCAAAACCUCACGGAAAGUGUAAACAGUGGGGGGAAAACGGCGCUACCUGACGCCUGUUGCUGGAAUUUAUCGGUGGGCAGCUAUUUUAUGAACUUGCCAGCGGAUUCAACCGUUGUCUUGUCGCCGAAAAAGAGAGGUGUUUCUCAAAGUGAGCCGAAGAGGAGUUCAGGAUGUCGGACUGAGACAAAGGGGUCUGGGGGGGCAUUCCCGUCGUACUGCAGGUUAAACUUGAUUCUUGAAGUGUCCUCUGGAUGGGAAAGAUGGAGAGAGAGUUGCAAUGGUGGAAAGGACAGCUAGCUGCAGAUAUCCAUCAAUCGCUCCGCAUCAAGGAGCUGAAGCUACCGGUCUACAGAGCCCACUCUCCACAGAUUGGUAUGCGGCGGUACUUUGCAGACCUGUUGGCCAUCCUGAGUAACCGCUACCAGCUAUGUCCCACAGCGCGACACCUAGCCGUCUACCUGCUGGACCUGUUCAUGGACCACUACGAUGUGGCCGUCAAGCAGCUCUAUGUCAUCGCCCUCUCCUGUCUGCUCCUUGCAAGUAAAUUUGAGGAGAAGGAAGACCGGGUUCCCAAACUGGAGCAGCUGAACUCUCUGGGCUUUAUGUGCAGCCUGAACCUGGUGCUCAACAAGAAGGAUCUCAUCAAAAUGGAGCUUCUGCUGCUCGAGACCUUUGGCUGGAACCUGUGCAUGCCCACACCAGCCCACUUUAUUGACUACUACCUCCACGCCUCGGUGCAGGAGGGCGACCUGUACAACGGCUGGCCGCUCUCCUCCCUCUCCAAGACCAAGGCGUUCAUGGACAAAUACACUCACUACUUUCUGGAGGUCUCACUGCAAGACCACGCCUUUCUAAGUUUCCGACCAUCCCAGGUUGCUGCUGCAUGUGUGGCAGCAUCUCGUAUUUGCCUUCAGAUUUCUCCAAGCUGGACGACUGCUCUGCAUCUACUAACAGGCUACACUUGGGAACACCUCACCCAGUGCAUCGAGCUCAUGCUGCUUGCUCAUGACAAUGACGUGAAGGAGGCCAACAAGACCAAAUCCACUCCUCCUCACCGGCCCUCCUCCCUGCAGUCUCAGCCUCAGACCUCUCACCUCUCCCCAAUGUCUGCCAUCCAGAGACCAGCCUCCUCCACCUCCUCCUCCACCUCCUCCACACCACAGCUGCUCUUUCAGCCGGACAGUUUCGCACACCUUACCCAGCAUUCCCCGUCCCUGUCCCAGCUGCAGGCGCUGGCUGACUCCCAGGCUCUGGGGCCCAUGGUGAACAUGUCUCAGGACUUCCUUCAGAGCCACAGGAUGGGCCUCCUCACUGGGGCUUCUUCCAUGACUCCUGGGGGGGGGUUCCCCUCAUACCCAAGCUUGACCUCAGGCCUUCAGCCAGGGGCCCGUGCUCUGCCGCUCCAGGGCCCCAUUUCUGUGCAGAUGGCCCUAGCUGGAGAGCCACGCCACUGUCUGAGUAUGGCCUACAGCGGGGGCUACCUGGGGUCCCAUCACACUUUCACAGCCGGCUGCUUUGACAGGUGACGCCAGGAGACGGAGAGGGAACACAAAUCCAUGCGGGACUGCACUGCUAUGUUUCCGAGCCAGUUCCCCACCCCAAAAUAUCCUUUUGCAGACCUCCUGUCUCUCUCCGUCAGCUCCGCUACACCUUCAGCUUGUCCAACCCCCUCGUCCCAAACACAGAGACGCCUCAAACGCAAGCAGAGGUCCAAAUGCAAGACAGACCCUGUGGAAAUCAUCACACUGACGUGACAAAUACUCCACCAUCAUGAAAUACAGAGGCAUUGCAAAGAUGCUGUUUCCAUUCUCUGAACUGGUUUUAAAAAUCAAUGUUAUUAUGAGACUGUCAUCACUGUGAAUGAGAUGGAAGCAGCAGUGUGAUCCAACACCCACCUCGUUCAGUGCCUGUUCUCAGUCAUGUGAUAGCUGAGCCAUUUUUAGAGGAACACAGAACACAAAGCAUCUGUGAUAAGGAUAUCUUGCUGCUUGAAAUUAUUGUUUUUAAUUUCUAAUCCCAAAAAUGUAACAUGUUGGACAGGGAGAAUUAGGCAGGUGUUUGAUUUUGUUCUUGAGCCACCAUUUGAGAGACAGACAAGAAGAAAAACAGUGUCCGGGAACAUCGAUCCGACUCCUGUAGUCUCUGUUGGAGAUGAAGGACCCCUCUGGGUAUUCCUCACUGCAUUAGCCCUCGGAGGAAUCGAAGAAUUCAUUGCUUUGAGCACAGCAGGUAAAGUCCGCAGUGUUUCAUCUUGUCUUUACUCCUCUUGCUGUCCUUGGCGUCUCUCCCACCUCCAAAGUCCAGCCUUGUGGCAGAGCGGACACUCAUCCAGGUGAAACUGUGUCUCUCUGGAACCUCCAGGCUUUGUCAUACUAAAGUUUUAAUGUUGGUGUCUCUGCACCGCUCAAAGAAUAUAACACAAAAUGAUGUGACUGGACCAGAAGGAGCCGUGGACGUUAUUCGUGUAUUGUAAAUAAGAAUUGCUGCUGCCUUCUCAUGAACUGUUGGUUCUGUGUCUGUGUUAAUGACUCCGAUGUUUACAUGAACCACUAAUUAUCAGGGACUUGAACAAGAUUACUUGAAUAUGAUGCCAUUGAAACAUGCCAUAGCUUUUAUUUAUGAUCAUUAUUUCUCUCGAUUUCCAUUUUUGUUUGAUAUAGUGUAGCUUUUCUUUUACCAUCUUAGAAACACACCAUUGAUUAAUUAUAGCUUUCUUUGUACCUGUUCAUAGAAACUGUUUAUUCAGGCUCAGGUUUCAAGGCCGAAACAAGCAGCCUUCCCAUUAUCCUGUGCUCUUAUGCUUUAAAGUGGAUGCUAGUGCAGCAUCUGUGGGGGCUGGAAUAAUCCCCUUCUUCAUCACUGGACCAUUCUCUGCUGUGUAGUCGGUAACUGAAUGCAUGAAGCAGUCUGUUUGCAUCGCGGUGGAACAACCUCAUGGUCACUGGUUUCACACAUCUGUGGGCAGUCCGCGGUAAUUGCCUCCAAGAUUUCUGAAGCUGCAAUCCCCAAUCUUCCACUUCCUGUUAACGUAUAAACACAUCCAGAUUGCCAGUUUCGAUCACAUGGGUUUCCCCACUGGUUACCAUGGUAAUGCCUUAAACGACGGCGGGCCUCGCGCUUUGGGAUGUUGUUAAACUCAUUUGGGUAUGUAACGAAUGAUUAUUUUCUUGAUAACAUACAAAACAUUUUGAAGAAAUUGUAAAAGAUAACGGCGUUAAGUUCCCACAGCGCUCAUGUUUUUUUUAAAUUAAAUGGCCUGCUUUAUUUGACCUGCUGUCAAAUAAAUGUUCAGCUCCUGACCACUUAGGAUGAAGAAAAGCAUCACCUUUGAGAAGCUGGGGAUGCAGAAGAUAUUUUUUGCAUAAACAAAAUUACAAAACCGAUAGCUUUUCUCUCUUUCGAAUGACAAAUGAAGCCCGUGAUCUCUGCAGCUCGACUGAAGACCCUCAGAUGUUGACUGAAAAAUGUUGUGGUGGACAUAGGCCAUCUUACCGUGUCGUGCCUUGUCCUGAGCAGCUGCCGUGCUUGAGCUGUGAGUCUUAAAUCCAUACUCUGAGAAGCAUUUCUCAGAUAACACUACAUGAAGCCUUCUGAAACUACAAUAAUCACAACUCAUAUCUACAGCUUUGUCUUCCGACCCCUGAGUAAACAACCUGUUCAUUUACUUUCCGGUGAUAUGAGCUAAGAUACUAUGCCUUUGUUUUAACUUUUUAUGUACAGUUUUGUUAUAUUUUUUACAUUCCUUUUUUCAGUGUAUUUUAGUUAAAGCUUUUUGUGAUCCUCCCGAUGAAUGCCGCUGGUGUGAACUAGAUUUUGUUUUUAGAGUACAACUUGCUCUUUUCCUCAUUAUUCAUGAGCAACUUCUCACUGAGGUGUCAAAGGUGCAAUAUGAUGUUUUUCUGUUUAAACUGACCACAGCCAUCACUGUCUCGUGUACACCACUGGUUCAUCUUUUGUAACUUAUUUUUGAUAAUUGUGUGAUUUGAGCUGCUGCAGCUUCAUCUCCUUCACAGGGCAGUGGGCUCUGAACACAAUGAAUAUGUUGCAUAUUGCAGCCACUUCCGUUGAGUGAUAGAUAUUACUAAAUGCUUUUGUCUUUUAGCUAGAGAUGCAGUUGUUCCUCCUGUGAAAGGUGCUGAUGUCUCUCACACCAAACAACACUUGUCUAAUGUGAUAGUAAUGAAAACACAAACACCACAAACUUCCAAUUUAUAUUUUUGUAUUAUUUUGUACCAAUAUGUAGUUUUGGUGUAUGUGACACCGAAUGAUAGAAGGAUUUCUUUUAUCAUGAUUUGCCACGGAAAAAUAAACACAAAAGUGAACUGAGUGUC